GCCGCAUGGCGCGGUGGCCGUGGCCGUGGCCGUGGCCGUGGCUGGGGCUGGGGCUGUGGCUGGCGCUGAGCGGGGCGCACCCGCAGCCGUGCCGGGUGCUGGCGCGGGCGGGGGGCGCGGUGCGGCUGGGCGCGGUGCUGCCGCGGGGCGCGGCGCGGGGCCGGGUGCGGGGCGCGCUGGCGGCGGCCGGCCGGGCGGCGGGGCUGCCCUUCAACCUGAGCGUGGAGCUGGUGGCCGGCGCGCCCCCGGCCCGCGACCCCGCCUCGCUGGCCGCCUGGCUGUGCGGGGCGCUGGCGGGGCGCGGCGUGGCGGCCGUGCUCGCCUUCCCGCAGAGCCGCCGCGAGCUGCUGCAGCUCGACUUCCUCGCCGCCUUCCUGGGCAUCCCCGUGCUCAGCCUGCCGGACCUGGAGCGGCCCGCGCCCGCGCCGCCUCGGAACCCCUUCCACCUGCGCAUGGACCUCCACAGCCCCCUGGAAACGCUGGUGGAUGUGCUAGCCGCCGUCCUGCAAGCCAACGACUGGCACGACGUCGCCCUGGUGCUCUGCCCGGCCUGGGAUGUGCCCGGCUUCCUCGACGUCUGGAUCAGCCGCACCCGCCUGCGCCCGCAGGUCCUGCUGGACCUGAGCUCCCGGGAUGAGGCGGGUGCCGCCCGGGGGCUGGAGGAGCUCCGGGACCUGCCGGGCCCGGUGCUGCUGUUCGGCUGCGACGCCCGGCGCUCCCGCCAGCUCUUCCAGGCGGCCCAGGAGGCGGGCGUGGGGCCGCAGGAGCUGCACUGGGUGCUGGGCCAGCCGCUCAGCGCCGAGGAGCUGCAGACCGAGGGGCUGCCCCUGGGGCUGCUGGCCUACGGGGAGGUGGAGCGGCCGGCGCUGGAGCUCUUCGUGCAGGACGCCGUGCAGCUGGUGGCGAGGGCCAUGGGCAGCGCCGUGCUCGUGCGGCCCGACCUGGCGCUGCUGCACACCAUGGUCAACUGCAACGACCGGCACACGGACACCGGCCCGUCCUCGGGGGAGUACCUCUCCCGGUUCUUGGCCAACACGUCGUUCCAGGGGCAGACGGGCCCCGUGUCGGUGCACGACACGUCGGCGGUGCACACGGCCCGGCACUACCGCCUCUGGAGCCUGCUGCAGGACUCGCUGGGCCGGCCCACCUGGGUGACCGUGGGCAGCUGGCGCGAGGGCAAGCUCACAGUGGAGGAGGGCACCUGGCAGAGCCAACUGCAGCACAAGAGCCCGGGCGACGGGGACGGCUUCUCCCGCCCCAGGCUGCGGGUGGUGACGCUGGUGGAGCACCCCUUCGUCUUCACGCGGGAGGUGGACGAGGACGGGAGCUGCCCGGCUGGGCAGCUCUGCCUGGACCCCCACACCAACGAGUCGGCCGUGCUGGACACCCUCUUCGAGGCGCUGGGCUCCAAGAACGGCUCGCUGCCCCGGGCCCUCAAGAAGUGCUGCUACGGCUACUGCAUCGACCUGCUGGAGAAGCUGGCCGAGGACCUGCCCUUCGACUUUGAGCUGUACAUCGUGGGCGACGGCAAGUACGGCGCCUGGAAGAACGGGCGCUGGACCGGGCUGGUGGGCGACCUGCUGAGCGGCACGGCCCACAUGGCCGUCACCUCCUUCUCCAUCAACUCGGCCCGGAGCACGGUCAUCGACUUCACCAGCCCCUUCUUCUCCACCAGCCUGGGCAUCCUCGUGCGGACCAAAGACACGGCCUCGCCCAUUGGCGCCUUCAUGUGGCCCCUGCACUGGACCAUGUGGGUGGGCAUCUUCGUGGCACUGCAUGUGACGGCGCUCUUCCUCACGCUCUACGAGUGGAAGAGCCCCUACGGCAUGACGCCCCACGGCCGCAACCGCAGGAAGGUCUUCUCCUACUCCUCCGCCCUCAACCUCUGCUACGCCAUCCUCUUCGGCCGCACCGUGUCCAGCAAGACGCCCAAGUGCUGGACCGGCCGCUUCCUCAUGAACCUCUGGGCCAUCUUCUGCCUCCUCGUGCUCUCCAGCUACACGGCCAACCUGGCCGCCGUCAUGGUGGGCGAGAAGACCUUCGAGGAGCUCUCGGGCAUCCACGACCCCAAGCUGCACCACCCCUCGCAGGGCUUCCGCUUCGGCACCGUGUGGGAGAGCAGCGCGGAGGAGUACAUCAAGAAGAGCUUCCCCGAGAUGCACGGGUACAUGCGGCGCUACAACGUGCCCGCCACGACCGACGGCGUCACCAUGCUCAAGACAGAGCCUGCCAAGCUCAAUGCCUUCAUCAUGGACAAGUCCCUGCUGGAGUACGAGGUCUCCAUCGACUCCGACUGCAAGCUCCUGACGGUGGGGAAGCCCUUUGCCAUCGAAGGCUAUGGUAUCGGGCUGCCCCAGAACUCGCCCCUGACCUCCAACAUCUCCGAGUUCAUCAGCCGCUACAAGUCAGCCGGCUUCAUGGACCUGCUGCAUGACAAGUGGUACAAGAUGGUGCCCUGUGGCAAGCGCGUCUUUGCCGUCACCGAGACCCUGCAGAUGGGCAUCUACCACUUCUCGGGGCUCUUCGUGCUGCUGUGCAUCGGGCUCUGCGGGUCCCUGCUCACCUCCCUGGGCGAGCACAUCUUCUACCGCCUCAUCCUGCCCCGCAUCAAGAGGAAGAAGAAGUUCAACUACUGGCUGCAUACCAGCCAGAAAAUCCACCGGGCGCUGAACAUGGGCUUGGAGGAGCAGAAGAACCAAAAGCUGAGCCUGGAGAAGAGCUGCAACAUCCAGAAGAGCCAGGAGCCCCCGGCGUGCCCCCCCAGCCAGCCCAGCUGGAACAACCUCCGGAAGGCAGGGGGGAAGGAAGAGAAGCGGGUGCACUUCAACCUGGCGAAGGAGCCCGCGGAGGCAGAGCCGGGCCCGGGGCAGGAGGUGCCCGUGUGGCACUGCAUGAACGGCCGGGCCCCGCAGCAGGAGGCAGGGGACAAGGCGGCCGAGCUCAGGGAGCUGGAGGAGAGGAUCAAGGACAUGAGGGACCAGCUGCGGGCGGCGCUGGUGAGGAAGAGCGAGCUGGUCGUGGCGCUGGGGCCUGCUCCGAGCCGCCACGCGCUGCCCAUCAGGGCCAUCACCAAGAAGAGUGCGGACAGCUCCAGCCCGGAAAGCAGGCAGCCUCGCCUUCAGGGCAACGUCCCUGUCCCCUCCCUGCAGCGGAGGCUCCCUGCACACAGCAACAAGCCACUGUGAGAGAUGGGUCUUGCCUCCGUCCCUUCAUUGCAGGCGCCAGAAAAGCCCCUGCUCUGCCUCGAUGGAGGGCUCAGGUAGGAACUAGCACUCAUCAGGCCAUGCAAGUAACGGGGCAAUCGGCUGCUAGCACUUAGCAGUUGCUCGAGACUCUCAAAAUUAGCAGAUCAGGAGAAAGUGCAACUGAGGAUGUACAUACAAGCAGGCUCGAGCCAGGGGCUGAGUCUUCCAGACGUGACCCUGCAGAAGUGGAGGGGCAGCACUCCCCCACUGGGUUGGAGCCUCAGCUCUGCCCUGGACAGGAGCCCUUGUCCCUGCGCCUCAGCUUCCUCCUCCGCGGCAGGGGGACAGACCCUUCCCCUACCUCGUGGGAGUGCUGCAAGGCCCUCGGGCACUAGGGACGCAGCAGCGGCUCACUGGGAUAAAGACGCUGCCAGCUAAAUACGUUCAAACCCGCACUGGACCCAGGAGGUGAUCGCCAACCGCACCCCAGCAUGACUGAUAGCAAGGCAACCAGGCCCAGCGGCACCACUGCAGCUGUUAGAUAUAGUAUUUAUUAUAUAUACAAACACCUUUUGUACAUUAAUUAAAUAGAAUGAACUCUA